UCUGGAAAUCACUAUGAAAUGUGCGUCAAGAAGUCGGAAAUUUCGACACAAACAAAUGCAGUACUGACGUGUCCAGUGAAUUUUCUACUUACUGUAACAGGAUACACGGUGAGGACGAAGGAUGGAUCCGAGCAGAAAGGAGACAUCUGUCCAGAUGGAUAUGUGGGCCGUUGGGAUCUUAGAUACAGACUUUGGAAGGAAGGAAAUGAUACAUUGAAAGAGUGUAAUAAGAUUAAAAACGUGUGUCAUCUCUCAAAGACAUCGUUCUACAGACAAGCAAAAUACUAUUUCAAUACGUGCACAAGUUUUUUGAAGUUGUGCCUUAAUUAUGAGUGUUCAAGAGAUGGAAAACUCGUGGAUAUGUGUUCUGAUGGAGCAUCCAUUACAACAUCGACUUCUAUUCAGUUUUACCGGACCCUGAGUAAUUCCCUGUGUCGGUGUUUCCUAUUUGGAGAUAUUGCAUCGAUUACAAUCAAAGCCUCUGAAGAUAUGAUAUUAAGGAUCAGACAUAUCAACGGCUCACUUAUAAACGAGUACGAAAGUCACAUAUAUUCACAUAGAUGGAAAUACAUUAGUGAUAUUAUUGUAAGCAGUGGAACAUUCUUUUCAUAUUUGAACAACUCGGAGUACAAUUCAAAGGCAUUGGAGAUAGAAACAACGCCUAUGUCUAAAUUCAAAUCCUUCUUUUGGUUUGAAGCACGAGGGGCUGUAAAUUUUGAUUGCAAAGACUUCUCUCGGAUUUAUUUUACAAAGAAAUUCAAAUUUACAGAAGAUGCACUGAAAGGCGGAGAUAAAACAGAUACUAUUUUGCUGUACUUUAUUGGCCCCAGUGUGCUGGUCUCCGUGGUAGCUACUAUUGGUAUUGGUGUUCUCCUCUGUAUUGCAUGGAAAUCUCUCAAAAAAAAAAUGCAAAGUUUCCAGAGGUCAGAAUCAAAGCCCUCUUCUUGCCAGGGUCAAUACACCAAUCUAGAAACUGGAAGAAGGAUUCCUUCCGAUGCUCUGUAUGAAGAGACGGAAUAUUGAAUGUGUAGACGUGCGCCAAAACAGGACUGUGUGGUUGUAUAUAUUGUACAAGUGAUAUACAUGUUUCAAUGAAUUAUAUUUCACAAAAGGAUGCAGACUGAAAAAUAAGUCUUAUGCAGAA